AUGAACGACUGGUUACCCAGAAGUCAUCCAUCGAGACUCUCCGUCAAUGCUACCAAGGUGGAAAUCUGGGAUUGCAUUCAAUCGUUGAAGAACGUCAUGCAUUCGAUACUGCGGGGUCACGGCGAUGGUACUCGUGGGUUUACGAUGCUAUGGCCCACCAAAAGGGGCACGAAGGUCACGUUAUGCAUGGACACUGGAUCCUAUGGACAACUUGCGGAGUCUGCCAGACGCGCCAAAGAAAAGAGGGCCGUAGUAGAAAUCAAUCAACUCGAGUGUUGA